AUGUCUACAAAUGUACCACACGUGGAAAAGGAAUUGGAUUUAAGUAAUGCUGGCAGAGGCGUAUGGCUGGUGAAAGUACCUAAGUACAUAGCGAAUAAGUGGGAGAAAGCACCUGGUAAUAUAGAAGUUGGCAAAUUGAAAAUAACUAAAAAUCCUGGUCAGAAAGCAGAAGUAUCUCUUAAACUCUCGGAGGCUGUUUUAGCAUUAAAGGAAGCUGGAGAGGAGGAAAUUCCAAAACAGCAUAGGUUAGAUGUUACUACAGUGACAAAACAAAUGUUAGGUGUAUUCUCUCAUGUCACACCUGAUAAUUGUUACAUGAAGUUGAAAUUACAAAGUAUCAAAAGAGCUUCAGUCCCCCAGAGACAAGUUCAGCAAUUAGAUAGGGUAGUUCAAAAUUUCAAACCUGUGUCUGAUCACAAACACAAUAUUGAAUAUGCUGAGAAGAAAAAAGCAGAAGGUAAAAAGAUGAGAGAUGAUAAAGACGCAGUGUUGGAUAUGUUAUUUGCUGCAUUUGAAAAACAUCAGUAUUAUAAUAUAAGAGAUCUUGUGAAGAUCACCAGGCAACCAAUUGUGUACUUAAAGGAAAUAUUGAAUGAAGUUUGUAAUUAUAAUCUGAAAAACCCUCACAGAAAUAUGUGGGAAUUAAAACCGGAAUAUCGGCAUUAUAAAGAGGAAGAAAAAUCUGAAGGCCAGAAAAAAGCAGACGAAUCAGACGAUGAUUAA